UGCUGCCUGUCAGCGCCAGAAUGCGGGACCCAUAGGACCCAAAAUGCGACUUUGAAACACCACAACUGGGCUUUAUUACGUCUUUUUUCUUUCUUUUUUGAGGGGGGUAGGUAAAAAAACCCCCAAAAAAGCUAAUCAUUUCAAAACAUUAUCCUGGCCGUGUUUUGGAAGUAAGGAGGACUGACACGCUCGAGUGAACAUGCGGCUCGACACCUGCGCGCCGCUCGGACUUUUCUUGUUGCUUGUCCUCGACUCAUCAGAAUGCUUGCGGCUGACGGUCCGGCCCGACAAGGGCUCAUCGGUGACGGUGUCAAGUGAGCUGCCCUCGAACGGGUGUACGGUGUGUACAGUCGUCGGGGGGGGCAAUGACACGCAAACGGUUUGCCACGCCAUUCUUGCUCUGAAGCCUGAGGAGGAGGUCAAGCUGCUCUUCAACUGCUCCCGCCCCGUAGAACAGUCUUAUGCAGUCGCUAUCAGACAGCUCAUCGAAUGCACAAAGGACACUUGCAGCCCUUCAACAGUCGAAACUCAGCCCUCGCUCCUCAACGAGUUCCCCAGAACUUUCAUCUGGACGAUCGAGGCGCCUGAAAAGACAGUUGUGGGUUUGGACGUGCUCGGAGAGGGACUCCGGGAAACGUCACAGCCGUGCAAUAAUGGAUAUCAGUAUUCAGUGGCCGCGUUUGAAGGGAACAGCAACGCAGAGACUCGCUACUGCAAAGCGGGUUCUGUUACGCAUUUAGACCUGCUCGAUCAAGCUGUCGUGUCUCUACAAGUUAAACCGAAGACGCAGGUGGAGUCUGUGGUGUUCCAGGCCUCUGCUGGACCACUAAAAGGCAGAACGGUGGUUGUGACCAUCGACUCCAGCACGACUGUGACGAUCAUCAGGUUCUCGCAGGAACCGGAAUGCGAGCUGUGCUCCGGUGUCGACUCGGCCCGCACCUGCAGCCGGACUGGAACCAACCUGACCGACGUGCAAAGUCUCUCGCUGGAGUUCAGCUGCCUCAAACCUCAAGAGGCGUUCAGUGUGGAGGUGAAGAAGACAAUAGAAUGUACCAAGAGCUCGUGCGCACCUACUGCAGGAGAACUGGAUCCAAACCUCUGGAAGGACUUUAAAAGAAGCCUAAACUGGGAUAUAAGUGUCCCAGAGAGAACCAUCUUGACCUUGGACCUGCCUAGUGACACACUCGAGCAGAUAUCCGCACCAGAUCAAUGUCAAGCGGGCCCGCAGUACUCCGUGAGCACAACGAGAAGCAAUGGCCAGAUCAAGACCAACAGGUACUGCAGAGGUGGACCGCUGUCCCGUCUGGAUCUCCUUGGGAGGACUGCCGUGACCAUAGAGGUGCCCCAAGGAGAAGAACUGGACCGGACGAUUUUCACAGCAAAAGCAGUACCCAGAGUUGGCAGAAUGCUGUCUGUGACCCCUGACCCGGAAACCCUCAUUAUCAUCAGCAGAGACACCGUCGAACCCGACUGCAGCGUGUGUGUGGACAAUGUUCCCAGACAGACAUGUGAUCCCAGAAGUCUAAUCCUGGGAGAAUCUCGUAACACCUCUGUGGAGUUCACGUGUCCUCACCCCGAGGAGGUCUUCAGUGUGGAGAUCAACAGAGAAAUCGACUGCACCGAGACUUCCUGCUCUGGCAAUAUUGUCCAGGCUGAGUCCUCACUGUUUCCUGACUUCAACCGGACCUUCACCUGGGAUCUGAAAGUCAGCUCCACUCGGGCCUUCCAGCUGGACUUCCCUGAGCCAGGAAUGCAGCAGAUUGCCAAUGAAGACGCGUGUCCAGAUGAGCACACAUACGUUCUGGUUACUUACCUGCGAACGGGCCCUGCCAACAUUGGAACCUUCUGCAAGGGAGGUUCUGUGUCGAGCAUCCAGGUGCGCUACAAGGGCCGCGUCUCUCUCCAGGUGCCGGGGGAGACGAAGAUGGAUCCGGUUGACUUCAAACUCAGUGUUGGGCCUGUGACCAGCAUGGUGGCAAUUGUGAAAGUCAACCUACCACCAGGCGUCUCUGACACCACCUUCAUCUCUGCCAACUAUCCCGACGAUUUCCCUGACAACCAGCAGAUGCAGUGGGAUUUCGCUGUGCCCGGCAUGCACAACUACACCGUCCAUUUCCACGAUCACACGGCUCCGGAGUGCCUCGGCAAGGACGUGGAAGUGGAGUACAGGAACUGGGACAAGAGGGUGACCAAAGCGGGUCUGACCGACAAGCAGCCGGAACGUCGGCAGGGCAACUUUGAAAUGGUGCUGAAGAAUUGUGAAACCAACAGGACGUUGCAAGGACUCUCCUUGAAAUACAGCGUGUCUGUUAUGAGAAGUGGUCAUCCAGUUUUGUGCACAGUGGACCUUAGCAAACACCCCAAAGUGUCUCUGCAGUUUGAGAAAGUGGGUUCUGAUCCCUAUUGUGAGAUGAGCAUUAACUCAGAAGUUUUAAAGAAGAUAAACGUCGCGGCAGGCGGUAAGGCCGAGCUCUCCUUCCUCGACUGCCCCAAUGAAGACGUACGAUUGACAGCCAGUAAACUUAUUGCAGGUUGCCAGAAUGUAGCUUCCUGCUCUGAGACCCUCCUCACCGUGCCCACAUUGGAUUCCUGUCUCCGGAUGCCCCUCCACAGCUUUACCUGGCACCUCAACAUCCCCCAGGACAGCACCAUUGAUCUGGUGUCCCCAUCAGGGGGCCUUCAACAAUCAGUGCCAGGCCAGGAGUGCACCGCUGCCGUCUCCCUGCAUGUGGAGGAGAGCGAAGGCUUCUCUUUGGGAGAUUUCUGCGCCAACGGGAUCAUCCAGAAAGUUCAGGUGCACGCCAACAUCUCCGUCACGGCGAUGACCCGAGACUUCAGCAAGACGAAAGGGCCUUUCCUCAAUGUAACGUUCAGUGAGGAGAUCCCAGAGACCAUCAUUUACAAAGUCAGCCCCCAUAAAUCUUCUCCUACCCUGCUGGCCACCCCCAACUGGCCCAAUGGAAUGAGGCCUUCGUCCACCGUGUCCUGGAUUGUCUCUUUGCCGAGCCAGUACCAGGCACGGGUCCAGGUCGUCAAAGUCAGCCAGCCCAAAUGCAAAGACAGGCACACGGCCAUCAAGGUCAAGUUGCUGGACUCCGAGAAGGAGCUCCUGAGCCGCCGCGAGGACGAGAAGACUGACGACAAGCUACUGGUGCCUCAGAGCUUCUAUCUCAACAUGUCCAACUGUAUACCAGAGGAGGGAAACUUCGGAGCAGUCACCCAAAUCGUUUUAGAGCCGAAGACCAAUCUGUUAGCCAUUCUUCUCGGGAUAGUGGGAGCCCUUCUUCUUCUCCUCAUCAUUUUGGCUGUCGUCUGCUUCUUUAUAAAGAAAAAGAAAAAAGAGCGACUGGACAAGGAGGCGUCCAUCUACAUCGGCAGAGGGAAUAUUUUCCGUCCCGGCGAAAGACAAUUCAGCAAAGCGCGGUCCGACAACGAGUCCCACGUGUACGCCUCCAUAGACGAGACCAUGGUGUACGGUCACCUCCUGGGGGACUCCAGCUACGCGGACAGCAUGCAAGACCAUUUCAAGGGAAUGCAGUUGGACUCCUACCAAACGUUUACAGGGCCCUCCGAGCUGCCCGUCCUCAACGAACCGGAGCCGGAACCCGAGGUGGAGCACUUCAAUACGUUCCUGGACCCGUCCCACUCGUUCAUCCCGCCUCGUCCGCGCACGCCCAUCGACCGGCAGGACAGCCUGGGCUUCCAGGACCGCCGAAUGGUGGACAAUGAACUCUACACGUUCAAAAACACAGGGGAGAUGAACACCAUCCGACUCUCUGGUGCCGACAUGGAACCGGAACUACCGACAUCGGAGUUGUAGGACUAGAGCUGUGUGAUGAUGAUGAUGAUAAUAAUUACUGUUACUUCUCAGAGAUGGGAAUUUCUGUGCCUCAGUCUCACUCAGGGAAUCUGAGUUGAAACAUUUCUUAAACUUGAGCUUUAUCAUAAUUUUCAAAAGCUUCCGGAAGAGGAGCUUUGAAUUUAUUUUUUAACUGUUUUUAUUCCACCUCUGCCAAGGUGGUUUGGAUUUUGGAGCAGGGAUUUUUUUUUUUUUUAAUGUUCGUCUGUUUUUAUUUACCUGUAAUUUCAGGUUUUUUUUUUUUUUUAAUAGAAUAAACUUUGGGAAAAACUG